AUGUCUCAAACUGAGUACACGAUUCGUUAUCCUUGCGGCUUGAACGGCCGAGACAUCGUGGGUGCAGGCAUCACCGCAAUUGUUGCUCGUUUGGAUGCUGUUGUCAAAUUCAGCCAGCCAUCCGAACGACAUUUUCUAGAAAGAGAGAGGCGUAUAUAUGAGCGCCUUGGGCACGAACAUAGUGGUAUCCUUCGAUUCUUUGGAUCCCUGGAUGAUGCGCUUAUUCUCCAGUAUGCUAGGUAUGGUUCUAUACGACAGUACUUUGCAGGACAGACCAAGCUAGUCUCGCUUCCUAUAAAGCUUCGCUGGAUUGAACAGAUCACGACGACAAUGUCCUUUAUUCAUUCAAAGAAUGUGUUGCAUGGAGACAUUUCAUGCAAUAACGUGUUUCUUGAUGAAUCGCUCAACAUCAAAAUCGGCGACUUUGCUGGAUCUGCUAUUGACGAUGAGGAUCCUCUCAUAUGCUACGAAACCAGUCACGAACACCCCGAUAUUGAAUGCAUCUCAAAGAAAAGUGAGCUAUUUGCUCUUGGAUCUACGUUCUAUGAGAUCAUGACGGGAUCUAAGCCGUUCAAGGACCUUGCGGAUGAAGAAGUAUGCAGCGCCUACAGUGAAGGGAGAUAUCCGGAACUAAACGACUUACAUGCAUGUAACAACAUUAUAUAUACGUGCUGGACCCAGGGCUAUGCAAGUGUGGAUGAACUACUUGUAGAUGUCAAGGCUGAAGGCAUGUGUAUUUCUCACUUAGUUCGUGACAUCUAG